CAAGCCGUAGGUAAGAGGAGGCGACAAACACUGAAACAGCCAUGACCCUGUAUUCCUCCAAGCAAACAUCAGCCUCGCUGUCAAACCUUUCCCUGGGUGGAGGCUACAACAAGAGAAACUAUGGCGUUGCGUUGAGGAGCUACAGAUUGGGGCAAGCUGCCCCUGGAGGGAUCGGACUAGCUGUGGGAGGGAGGAUGGCCAUUAAGUUCUCUUCAGGGACAGGACUGGGGGCAGGAAGCUCGGUGGGAACAGUGAUGGGGGUGGUAGCGGAAACCUGAGCAACGAGAAGGAAGCCAUGCAGAACCUGAACAACCGCUUGGCCUCCUACCUGUCGCAGGUCAAAUCUCUGGAAUCGUCCAACCUGACACUGGCGGCAAAGAUCAAGGAAUUCUCCAAACCCAAGACCCUGGGGGGAUUUGACUGGAGUUUGUACGAUACGAGAGUCAAGGCUCUGCUGAAGCAGAUUGAAGAUCUCUUCUGUGGGAAUGCACGCCUGGCUAUGGAAUUAGACAGCUCAAAGCACAGAGCUGAAAAUUUCGGCAUCAAGUCGCAAUGUGAGGUGGAGAUGAGUCUCUCGGUCGCUGCUGACAUUGAGUCUCUCCGCGCUCUCAAGACACAAUACCUGAACUUGGCCACUCAGAUGGAGAGCGAGAUCAGCAGCCUGGAGGCUGACAUUGCUCAGCUCAAGGAAGAUCAUGAGAAGGAGAAGCUGAGUCUGCUCCGCGAGCAGAAAGGCCUGAAUGUGCACGUCGGGGUGAGCUCUGCUCCCGCUGCCGACCUGAACAAGAUGCUCAGCGACGUUCGAGCAGAGUAUGAAGCCAUGGUCAGAAAGCAGCAGGAGCAGACCGAGGCCUGGUAUCAGAAGCAGCUGGAAACGGAAGAGCACAGGACCUCAGACGGAGGGGAGGGGAUGGAGGCUAUGAAGGCAGAGAUGAUGGGGUACCAGAGGCAAGUGCAGACCCUCAGGUCAGAGCUGGAUUCCACAGCUGGAGCCAACCAGUCCUUGGCUGACUCGCUGUUGAAGGUAGAGCUGAGGUACAAGGAGGAGCUGAGCAGGUACCAGCGAGCGCUAUCAGGGCUGGAGCGGGAGCUAAUUGAGCUCAGGAACGGCACCGGACAGCAGAGCCGGCAAUACCAGGAGCUGCUGCACAUCAAGAGCAAGCUGGAGGCCGAGAUCAGCACCUACAGGGGCCUUCUGGACACAGCUGGCAGCGGGAAGAUGGUGCAGUCCUCGGGUGGUGAGAAGAGAUCAACCAUUAGCUCAGAUCUCAAGGCUGAGACUAAAGCUGAGAGAGCAACUGAGACUAAGACUGUGAUCAGGAGAGUGAUCACAACUGAGACUAUUUAUCCAGAUGAUGCUGACCCUAUAUCUAAGUCUGUGAUUGUCACAGGGCCUCUUGCGAGAAGUGAGACUGGAGACUGGACACUGACUGACGCUAAGACUACAUCUAACACAAAGCCUGACAUUCCGACCUACCACGAGGGUAUAACUGGAGCUAGUCUAGUGGCAAAGACUACUAAGGAGACUCACACACACAUUCAAUUGGAGCCACAAAUUAAAACACUGGAGACAAUACAGACUUGCUUUGAGACACAGCCUGAGACACUGCAGACACAGCAAGCUCCAGAGAUUAGCCGUCAAACACAGAGGGAGACACAGGUUGAGACAAUAGUAAGCCGGGUGUUGACUCUGCCUGACAUACAGAUGGAGAGUCUGGAGGUACCGUUUGACAAGCCAUCUGACAUACAGCUUGUGAGAAUGGAGGCACAGUAUGACAUGACACGUGACACACAGACUGUGACUCUGUCUGACGCACAGACUGUGACUCUACUGUGA